AUGCCUUUUAAGCUCAACACCAUGUUGAUGACCAUGACGGCUUUCCUCCUCAUCGGAGGAACCACCGCGGCUCCCACCGCUCUGGACGAGAGCAAACCCAACACCGACGGCAAGCUCAUUAGCGAAAUUAGCGGCGGUCCCUAUUCUGGCGACCUCACCUGGUUCGAUACCGGCCUCGGAGCUUGUGGCCAGUGGAACGUCGACACGGACUACAUCGCCGCCGUCUCCCAUAUUGUGUUUGACCGUGAGGCGCGUGGCACGAACCCUAAUAACAACGCGCUCUGUGGCCAGAAAAUCCAUAUCCAACGUGGAUGCCGUACCGUCGAGGCAACUGUCGUUGAUCGCUGCGAGGGGUGCAAGGAGAACGAUAUCGAUGUUACUCCUUCUCUAUUUCAGCAGUUUGGUAACCUUGACCGAGGCCGUAUGGAUGUUGUUUGGUGGUGGAACUAG